GAGCGGGUCGGAACCGUGAAUUCAGAUCUGGAACCGCCGGCGGGUUGGAAACGGGCCGGAGUCGCGCGUAGGAGCCGUGCGCGUAGGAGGCCGCCGUGCAGCCUGGGCCCCGCAGAGGAAGGAAGCGGGCCGCAGAGGGAGGUAAAACUUGCAUGUGGAAGACAACAGUAAAAUCAGGCGACAGAUGGACAGUGUGACAGGAGUGUCGGAAAGGAUUGGGCCUCGCUGUGAGAAUCAACCUGGAGUCAAAAUGUUGACAAGUUGCUGAAAAGGAAGCCAGUGGGAGGACUGGUCUGCAGAGGAAGUGGAGCCCUGACUUCAGUCACACCAUUGAUGGAGGACAGAUGGGCAGUCAGAUGGCUAGUCAUCUUUCCUCUUAAGCUUUUGGAGAGUUUUCCUUUGCCCUCUACUGGACACUUGGUAGGAAUUCUAAAACAGUCUCUAAAUUCACUUUCCAUAGAAACGUAAAAUUGAACGGCUCUGUACAGCCAGACUCCUCUGUCGCAUGGUAACAGGUUUGCAAACAUGAGUGCGGAGGGUUACCAGUACAGAGCACUGUAUGACUAUAAAAAGGAGCGAGAAGAAGACAUUGACUUGCACUUAGGUGAUAUACUGACGGUGAAUAAAGGGUCCUUAGUGGCUCUUGGAUUCAGUGAUGGACAGGAAUCCAGACCUGAAGAAAUAGGCUGGUUAAAUGGCUUCAAUGAAACCACAGGAGAAAGAGGAGACUUUCCGGGAACUUACGUAGAAUAUAUUGGAAGAAAAAGAAUCUCACCCCCCACACCAAAGCCCCGACCACCUCGACCCCUUCCUGUUGCACCAGGCUCUUCAAAAACUGAAGCAGAUAAUGAACAACAAGCUUUGAUUCAUCCAGAUCUUGUCGAGCAGUUUGCCCCUCCUGACAUUGCUCCACCUCUUCUUAUCAAGCUGGUGGAAGCCAUCGAAAAGAAAGGCCUGGAAUGUUCAACUCUAUACAGGACCCCGAGUUCCAGCAACCCAGCAGAAUUACGACAGCUUCUUGAUUGUGAUGCUGCCUCUAUGGACCUGGAAAUGAUUGAUUUACAGAUUUUAGCAGAUGCCUUCAAACGCUAUCUCCUGGACUUACCAAAUCCUGUCAUUCCAGUAGCUGUUUACAGUGAAAUGAUUUCCUUAGCCCAAGAAGUACAAAGCUCAGAAGAAUAUAUCCAGCUCUUAAAGAAGCUCAUUAGGUCACCUAACAUACCUCAUCAGUAUUGGCUUACUCUUCAGUAUUUGUUAAAACAUUUCUUCAAGCUCUCUCAAGCCUCCAGCAAAAAUCUUUUGAAUGCAAGAGUACUCUCAGAGAUUUUCAGCCCUCUGCUUUUCAGAUUCCCAGCAACCGUCUCUGAAAAUACUGAACACCUCAUAAAAGUUAUAGAAAUUUUAAUUUCAACUGAAUGGAAUGAGCGACAACCUGCACCAGCACUGCCUCCUAAGCCACCAAAACCCACUACUGUAGCCAACAACGGUAUGAAUAACAAUAUGUCCUUACAAGAUGCUGAAUGGUACUGGGGAGAUAUCUCAAGGGAAGAAGUGAAUGAAAAGCUACGAGAUACAGCCGAUGGGACCUUUUUGGUACGAGACGCAUCUACUAAAAUGCAUGGUGAUUAUACUCUUACACUAAGGAAAGGAGGAAAUAACAAAUUAAUCAAAAUAUUUCACCGAGAUGGGAAAUAUGGCUUCUCUGACCCAUUAACCUUCAACUCUGUGGUUGAACUAAUAAACCACUACCGGAAUGAAUCUCUAGCUCAGUAUAAUCCCAAACUGGAUGUGAAAUUACUUUAUCCAGUAUCCAAAUACCAACAGGAUCAAGUUGUCAAAGAAGAUAAUAUUGAGGCAGUAGGGAAGAAAUUACAUGAAUAUAACACUCAAUUUCAGGAAAAAAGUCGAGAGUAUGAUAGAUUAUAUGAAGAUUAUACUCGUACUUCCCAGGAAAUCCAAAUGAAAAGAACAGCUAUUGAAGCAUUUAAUGAAACUAUAAAAAUAUUUGAAGAACAGUGCCAAACCCAGGAGCGGUACAGCAAAGAAUCCAUAGAAAAGUUUAAACGUGAAGGCAAUGAAAAAGAAAUACAAAGGAUUAUGCAUAAUUAUGAAAAGUUAAAGUCUCGAAUCAGUGAAAUUGUUGACAGUAGAAGAAGAUUGGAGGAAGAUUUGAAGAAGCAAGCAGCUGAGUAUCGGGAGAUUGACAAACGUAUGAACAGCAUUAAACCUGACCUCAUUCAAUUAAGAAAGACAAGAGACCAAUACCUAAUGUGGUUGACUCAGAAAGGUGUUCGGCAGAAGAAAUUGAAUGAGUGGCUGGGCAGUGAAAACACUGAAGACCAAUAUUCACUGGUGGAAGAUGAUGAGGAUUUGCCCCACCAUGACGAGAAGACAUGGAAUGUAGGAAGCAGCAACCGAAACAAAGCUGAAAACCUAUUGCGAGGGAAACGAGAUGGCACUUUUCUGGUCCGGGAAAGCAGUAAACAGGGAUGCUAUGCCUGCUCUGUUGUAGUGGACGGUGAAGUGAAGCAUUGUGUCAUCAAUAAAACGGCAACCGGCUAUGGUUUCGCCGAGCCCUAUAACCUGUACAGCUCCCUGAAAGAACUGGUGCUACAUUACCAACACACAUCCCUUGUGCAGCACAACGACUCCCUCAAUGUCACACUAGCCUACCCAGUAUAUGCACAGCAGAGGCGAUGAAGUACGGACACUCCUUCUCCUGAAGUUUAACUACCCUGAAACCUCUGGAAAGCACAGGGCUCCUCUCCAGCUUGACCUGUGAAUUGAGCUGCAGAAACUGAAGUCGUUCUGCCUUCAGAUGGGACUCCAGCUUUCUUCGACAAAAAAAAAAAAAAAAAAAAAAAGUAGUAGGGGAGGAUGAUGCAGCUCAGCUGUGCCGUGACCAUACUUUUCUAAUCCGGAGUGCUUAACCCUUCCUCCUUUCUUUCCUUUUUUUCCCGUGACUUAACUUAAAACCACAACAACAAACACAAAGAGAAAAAGAAAUGCAAAAAUCUCUGCGUGCAGGGACAAAGAGGCCUUUAACCAUGGUGCUUGUUAAUGCUUUCUGAAGCUUUACCAGCUCAAAGUUGGGACCUUGGAGAUCUGAGGGUGGAUGACUGAAGAGCCCUGACCCUGGGGGUGCUUGGCCCAGGCUGGCUUAGUCUGGGUGAUGCUGUGCACGGUGGGGUCCAGACACAUCACACUGUGGAUUAUUUCAUUCUUCUAAUGAAUGAUAUGUAGCAGAAAGGCACUUCAGCUCACAAAGGGGCACUUUGGGAGAACGUCAGGUUUACAUACGUCCAGAAGAAAUCUGUUGUAGUCAAGUGCCAGAAAGUGUUCUGUUUAAACUUGUUUUUGGGGAAAAAAAAUGAACCACCAACAGAAAAAUGGAACUUGGAAAAUAAGACUUACAAUGACAUUCAUUAUAUAAAAUAUGUACAUACUAUUGGAUGGCUAACUAUCAAAUAGAUGGAUUUGUAUCAAUACCAAAUAGCUUCUGUUUUUGUUUUUUGCUGAAGGCUAAAUACACAGUGCUAUGCAAUUCUUAAUUUUCAUUAAGGCUGUUAUCUCAGUUUUAAAUGUACCUUCAGAAUAAGCUUUCCCUACCCCAGUUUUUGUUUCUUGAAAAUAUUGUCCCUGAGUUUUUUGUUAAUAUUUGUUUUGUUGGUUUUUUUUUUUUAAGAAGAAAUGUACAGGAUGCCAGUAAAAAAAAAUGGCUUCAGAAAUUAAAACUAUGAAAUAUUUUACAGUUUUUCUUGUACAGAGUACUUGGCUGUUAGCCCAAGGCUAAAACGUGCAUAACAGUUUUUUUUUUUUUUUUUGGACUAAGUGUUUUGUUGGGCAGUGCCUGAUAAGCUUCAAAGCUGCUUUAUUCAAUAAAAAGAGAAAGACAUAUAAAUAUGACAAAGUAUCACUGAGUUCAACAUGUUAUUUCAAGACUCUUUGAAUACGGUACCUGGCAAUGUCUGUUUCAUAAAGAAUUGUGAACUUCUUAAAUCUGGGAAGGGGUAUGUAGCAAUGGGGUACAGUUGGGGUGGUGGGUGGGGUGGGAAGGUGAUAUGCACUUUCUCAUGAUUACAGAAAAGUAAAGCUGCAUAUAGUCCAGCUUUUCCCACUUUGGUCUGCUAGUUAUUAUUAGCUAGAGGACAAUUUCAGACCUACUGUAACUCUAACACAGUGCAACUGGUCCAAUAUUUCAGCUGGCAGGAAGAAGGCUCUAGAUGCCCAGUUCACCUUUGUUUGAAAACUCUGUUUCAAAGGUUUAAUCUCUGAAUUUAUAAAAUGUAUCUCCUUUUAACAUUAGGCUGCCCAUUACAACCAACAAACAUUCAUUUUGGAAAAAGCAUGACCUGGGAGGGGGGAAAAACCUAAUUUGUUCUCUUUCUAGUCCCCAUUCAAUUUAGAUCAUAAAGUAAAUAGACUUGAUCAUAACUGUUACUGCUCUGGGCUAUGUGGAGCUCAUUAAUACCAUGGCCAUAGCAGGAAUCAUAAUAUCAGUCCUUCUCAUUCAUCCAAAUAAUUAUGUGUGCUAUGUUUCACUGUGGAGAGGUCAUUACAGUAAUCUUUCCAGUUUAGGAGAUUUCACUCCCAGAUCUGCAUAUGCAAAAGCUUUUCUGUUCAGUGGAAAUUGUACAUGUGUUGGGAGGAAUAAAGAAUUGAUUAUGAUCAUGGGCACUACCCCUGGCAGAUUAAAAUGACAUCUCACUAACUGUUUGCAUUUUCCAUAUCAGACUCACCUACAGCUUCAGAUACUACAGUGAGGUUUUUGUUUGUUGUUUGUUUGCUUGCUUGUUUCGUUUUAUGUUCCUUUUUAAAUUCUUUUGAAAGAGUUGGUUUAGCAGCUGACCUAAAUCAACUGUAGAAUGUAUUUUUCCCUCUUUAUAUGAAGCUACUCAAGCAAUAGUCAAGCUUAUAAGCAGACUCAGCUCACAAAACUUGGACUAUUCUGAUCCAACCACCUCCCUUGCAUCUCCAAACAAUUAUUUCCUUGCUUUUGGUCUAUGUCUGCUUUCACACUAUCGUUCCAUGUCACAUAGAUGUCUAACAGUUAGCUACUAGUUUAUAAAUGAGGGUAUUUUUUUCUUUCUGGUAGCACAUCCAUGUGUCCUACUAAAUAUAGUUUUCAUGUAAUUUGUUGAACAUAAGAUUUGAAGUGGAAUGUUACAUUGAAAGCUGUGGUUUGCCCAUGUUUUUGCAUCAAUACUCGCUCUUUGCAAUGUGAUAUGCCAUUUAGUCACUUGCCUUAUUUUUGCAUCAUAUGAGUAUAAAUGCAGUAAGUUUUUCUUUGAAUGGCCAAGGCAGGAGUCCUCAUUCCAUAUCAUAGUGAGUUACACCGUAUCUGUGAUGCUACUCCUCUGCUCAGUGCAUUUUUGAGCAUGUCCAUAACCUUUCUCCUAGAUGUUUGACCAGCAGGGCUCUUUAGGCUCAGACAACGUCCAGCACCACUUUGGGAGGGGGGCUCAGGAAUCUGAAUAGAUAGAGGCACUCGUGGUGCAUGUUUUUAUCUAUACCCUGAUUUUUUUCACCACCCACCCGGUAUAGUCUAAAGAUAAAAGACAGAAAACUAUGCUAGAAAGAGGCUGUAACAGGGCUGUAAAAGUGAAAGUCCAGGGACCUGAUAUUACCCAAGAGAAAAGUCGUUGACUAUGUGAAAAGGCAAAAAAAAAAAAAAAAAAAUAUAUAUAUAUAUAUAUAUAUAUAUAUAUAUAUAUAUAGCAUGUGUUUGUAACACCUGACAAACUUCGUGGCCCUUGAUAUAUGUAUAUAUGUAUAUGUGCAUGGACUGUUUCCAGUACACCUUUCAGCCAAAAUGAUCUACAGUCGCUGAGUUCAAGUACAUAACAAGCAAAUGUCUAGUGCAGUUCUUGUGUAUGUGUAUGGGUUGUUGUUUUUUCCCUUUAAAGUUGCUUUGUUUUGUCUUAUAAAGGUGAAAAUUGUUUGCAAGUGAAGUGAGAAGUUCAUAAUUCUUUGGCUUUUUUUCAUUUUUGAAAAGUUACUCUGGGGAGCUGGUCUGGAUGACUCGCUAAACUUGGAAAUCCUUAUUUUCAGUGUAUUGAGUCAAAAUGUGUUUAUGUGAGCUGUCUGUGAAGGACAAGUUGCUUUGUCAUAUAGCUGGUUAUGAACUAGUAACGUGUUUUGGAAGUCCUACUGAUGUUCCUUAUUGGGAGAAAAAUUCUGCUGGUGUUAACAACUGCUUUUGCUAUGCAUGGUAUCCACAUCAGUUGGGAAACAGACCUUGAAAAUUGAGUUCAGGGUCAUUUAAGACAGGGGCAGUUGAAAGCACAAUGCCUCACAUGGGACAAAGUUAAAAAAAUGCCAAAUUCCUAUUUGAAAAAAAAUCUAGUUAUAUAAAAUAGUAGUAUUAUGAGUAGAGAAGGAGCUGAAUUGGGGUCAAUUGGAGACAAUAUCCACUUUUAACAUUACAGUUGUCACCAUGAGAUAGCAUUAGCUGCCCAGGAUGCUGCUAUUAAAAAAAAAAAAAAAAAAAAAAAGCAAAACAAAACUCAUUUAUAUGUGUGUGUUUUUUAAAGCUAGGAUCUGUUAAAUGUUUUUACAAAUCUGUUUAUAUUACAUUGUUAAAAUAAAGUUGGUCUUUGACGAGAGGGAGGAUGUCAUGGUCAGUUGUCAUUUUGCCUUUACAAGGCAACUGGGGUUGGGGGGUGGGGGGAGUGUGCCUCCUUGACAUUUUGUUCAAGCUAUAGAUUCAAUGGAGCUAUGUCUUGUUUUAAGUUGCUCUGAUGCAUUGUAUUAGGUCUUCAAAAAAGAAUAAAGAUUGUUUUGAAACUUAA